GCACCCCUCCGUCGCAAUCAGACACCAACUUCCAUCCAAAACGAGACAACAUAGCUUCACGAGAAACCCUGCUCUGCAUGACAACACCAACCAAAGUUCUGGCCACUCUCGCUUCUUUCUUUUUGCACCUCUCUUCACAUGCAGCUUAUUUAACCGCCACCACUGCACCACAUCAGUUCUCACUUGAAGCAGCAUCCUGUUCACAACGUUCACGAGCUCAUAUUACAUAUGUGGCCCACACACUCCAACCAUCUCGCUUUCCCGCCAUAUAUUAUCGUCUCUCACUUUUGUGCUGUGCGAGAUGCUACAACUACUCUCUGUGCUCCGGCCGCCGUCAGCUAUGGCGGGUGAUGCUAGUGGCGACGGCGAAGUGAAGUACCCGCUGAACGCCGAGUCGUACCGCUUGCUCUGCAAGAUCGGGAGUGGCGUCAGCGCGGUGGUGUACAAGGCCGUGUGCCUGCCGCUCCGCUCCGCUGUGGUGGCCAUCAAGGCGAUCGACCUCGAGCGGUCCCGUGCCAACCUCGACGACGUGUGGCGGGAGGCUAAGGCCAUGACCCUGCUGUCGCACCGCAACGUGCUCCGUGCGCACUGCUCCUUCACCGUCGGCAGCCACUUGUGGGUGGUCAUGCCGUUCAUGGGUGCUGGUUCGCUGUACUCGAUUCUUUCCCACGGGUUCCCCGACGGUCUCCCAGAGCCCUGCAUCGCCGUUGUGCUCAAGGAUACCCUCCGCGCGCUGUGCUACCUCCACGAGCAGGGGCGCAUCCACCGUGACAUCAAGGCGGGCAACAUCCUGGUGGACUCCGACGGCUCUGUCAAGCUCGCCGACUUUGGUGUCUCGGCGUCCAUCUAUGAGACCACGCAGGCGAUGUCCUCGUUUUCUGGACCCCUCCAUGCGCCGUCCGCCGUUCUCAGCUCGUUGUACUUCAACGACAUGGCGGGGACGCCAUACUGGAUGGCGCCCGAGGUCAUUCACUCGCACGUCGGCUACGGCAUGAAAGCUGACAUAUGGUCGUUCGGCAUCACGGCGCUCGAGCUUGCGCACGGCCGGCCGCCACUCUCUCACCUGCCGCCAUCCAAGUCGAUGCUGAUGAGGAUCACCAGCCGCGUCCGCCUCGAGGACUCCGAGAGCUCCAAGAGGAAGAAGUUCUCCAAAGCGUUCAAGGACAUGGUGUCCUCCUGUCUCUGCCAAGAGCCAGCCAAGAGGCCAUCGGCGGAGAAGCUUCUCCGGCAUCCUUUCUUCAAGGGCUGUCGUUCUAAUGACUACCUUGCCCGUAACGUCCUUGACGCCGUCCCGAGCAUCGAGGAGAGAUGCAAGGACAUUAACAUCUGCGGCUGUGCCAGGGGUGCACGUUGCAUGUCGCCGUGCCGCCACACGAACAUCGUUAAGAACCGGCGGAUCAGCGGCUGGAACUUCAACGAGGAGAACUUGGAGCUUGAUCCAACCGAGGGGACGGAGCAGAGGUGCCUUUCGUUCGACAAAGAUGACCUCGUCGAGCGAGCAAGUAAGUCGACUGGAGAUGACGAAGAGAGGCAGACACGGCAAGGGGAGGGAAUAGGAUCUAAGGAAGUGGUUAUUCCGCAACUGAUGACAAUCUUGGAGAGUCUGGAGAUGCAGCGAGGGAUUGUCAUGCACGUAUUAGAAGGCGGAGGAUUCCACGUCGACGGCAAUGGCUCUGGCCAGACAGCUGCAAGAGAGGAGAGGGAAGAGAUGCUACUUGGGUACGUGCGCCAGCUAGAGCACAGGGUGGAGGGCCUGAGCACGGAGGUUUUGGAGGAGAUGGCCAAGAAUGCCCGGCUGGAGAAGCAGCUACAAGAGAGGGUUAAUGACAAGAAGAUAAAUUCAUCUCAGACAUCAGGGAGCAGUUGAGACAUUAGUCACUACUAACUAAUUAAAUAAUAGGGCCCGAAGUACUGGUUGUAUUUCGUGUCAUUGUAGCGGCGUUUCCUAGAUUAUAGCCAGUAUUGAGCGCCGUUCUGAAGUUGCAAUUCUGUGUUCCAAUGAAAUCUCUACGUUUGUAAGGGGUUAAGGCCACUCCCAAUUACGCAUGUGUUUCUUAGCUGAUGUCUAAGAGUACAAAGUAGUAAGAAAUUGCUAUUAAGAAAUAAACAUCUAAUGCUUGCAUGUGUU